AUGAACCUCAGUCAAGGAUCUAAAUCGGUCCUUGAGUACCAACAGCUCUUUGAGGAGUACUUCUAUUUUGCCCCUACUCAUUUGAAGACUGAGGACGUGAAGGCAAGACAGUUUAAGAGAGGACUUAGGGCUAGCUUGAGUACAAUAGUAGUAUUGCACAAGUACCCCACCUAUGCUGAGGUAGUUGAAGCGGCUAAGAUGAUAGAAGAUCAACAGAGGGAGAAUUAUCGAGCCAUCCAGGUAGGCAAGAGGCUGAUAUUAUCUCAUGACUCCAGGGGGUCUAGUAAGUUUCAAAGAAGAGGGUCUUAUACCAAUGCCGCUCCAAUUCAAUUCCGUAGGCCUGAUUCAGCUCAAGUGCCUAAACCUGCACCUGCUUCUCAUUAUGGGGCACAGACUCUUAUAUGUUACAACUAUAAGGAGUCUGGCCAUAUGGCCAAGGAUUGUCCACAAUCUCGAGAAUCGGGUUCGUGGCCGGUAGCGACUUCCAAACCACCCCCGACAAGGACUAAUGUACGUCCACUUGCUCCUGCUCCAGUAAGCAAGACUCAGGGGCGAGUCAUUUGGUUACUCAUGAGGAAGCCCUGCAUGAUUUCUGUGUGCUCCUUACCUGCUUAUGUGUUAUUUGACUCAGGGGCGUCACAUUCCUUUGUAUCCCCCUCCUUUGCCAAGAAGUUACCUAUCGAACCGGUCAUACUGGAGCAAAAGUUGAUGGUUAGUACACCAACUGGAAGCAAAGUUGAGCUUAACCGAUCCUUUCACUCUUGCCCUGUUCGAGUAAGCGACUAUGGGCUCGAAGCCAGUUUGAUCAUCCUAGACAUGAAAGAUUUUGAUGUGAUUUUGGGAAUGGACUGGUUAUCCAUGCAUGGAGCUAGUAUGAUUUGCGUAGAAAGGAAGAUACUUUUCAGGACAGGAAAGGAAAAUGAGUUUAUAUUUAAAGGCAAUAAAAGUAAGGAACCCAAGAACCCAAUCAUAUCAGCUCUCCAGGUCCAGAAACUCUUGGCACAAGGCUGUCAGUGUUACUUAGCCUCAGUAGUGGACGUUGAAGCCAAGAUUUCACUGAUGGAAGAAAUAAGUGUGGUGAGGGAUUUCCUUGAUGUCUUUUUGGAAGACCUUACACGCUUACCACCGGAUCGAGAGACAGAAUUUAUGAUCGAUCUGAUACCCGGUGCUGCUCCAGUGUCUAAGGCACCGUACAGAAUGGCCCCAUCAGAACUGAAAGAACUUCAAGGACAACUUGAUGAUCUACUGAGAAGGGUUUUAUUAGGCCAAGUGUUUCCCCGUGGGGUGUGCCUAUUCUAUUUGUGA